UACGUGAGGCGGGGAGGCGGGAUCUUCCGCCUUUCUGCAGCACGCUGCAGUAUUAUGAGACAAAACUGCAUGUUGAAAUUCACAUUAGUAACCGAGAGAAAAAGAGGAAAUGAGUCUUUCAUCGCUCGCUUCUCGGGCUUCUCUGAGUUUAACAUCGUAGCAUCGCCGGAGGAUAACGCUUCAAGGUACAAUGAAAGACCGACUGUGCGAGCUGCAGAACUUCCCCUCUACCCCCUCAGAGGGGGAGUGCGGCCCCAACGGGAACAGCAUCCACAGGAACGAGGAUGAGGAGCUGCUGCACCAGCAUGCUGUCGUCUUUCAGGGCGAGGAUGUCAUGGACGACAUCUACAAAGAGGCCCAUACGAUGAGGAAGGAGAUGCUCCUCCUCAAGUUGGACGUGAAGCGUCUGGGCAAGCAGAGCACUCGCUUCCUCACGUCUGUGAGGAGGUUUAGCAGCAUCAAGAGAGACUCCAAUGCGCUCGGCAAGGACAUCAAGGCACGGGGCGAGGCCAUCUAUGCACGGCUGGAGAAACUGGGGAAGCUGAGCAAGGAGCUGGAAGAAGAACACGGCCCUACGUCAGCGGUCGCUCGCAUGGUCCGCUCCCAGUACGUGUCCCUGACCAGCGCCUUCCAUGAAGCCAUAUCUGAGUACAACGAGGCGGAAAUGGUCCAGAGGGAGAACUGUAAAACCCGCAUUCAGAGGCAAGCAGAGAUCAUGGGGAAGGAGGUGAGCAGGGAGCAGAUAGACGAGAUGAUCGAGACGGGAAAGUGGAACAUCUUCUCCGACAAUCUCCUUCUGGAGGGGAGGACUGCCAGAUCGGCUCUGAACGAGAUCGAGAACAGGCACAAGGAGCUGCUGGAGCUGGAGAGCCGCAUCAGGGACAUCCACGAACUCUUCUUCCAGCUGGCCCUGCUGGUGGAGGAGCAGGGCUGCAUGCUGGACAACAUAGAGGCCAACGUUGGCGCAACUCAGGACUAUGUCGCCAAGGCUGCGGUUCAGAUCAAAAAGGCUGUGGAAUACAAGAAAAACAAUCCAUGCAAGAAACUUUUCUGCUGUUGUUUCCCUUGCUGCAGAUGAGACUCAAACAGAUUUUUAUUAAAAGUUACAAGCAAAAUCAAGCUGCGGCUCAUGGCACCCAGGCCAGCAGGGACCCCCGAGUGGUGUCACGUCUUUGAAUUUGUGAAUUAAUUUAUCAAGAGUGAGACUACUUUAAAUUAGUUCUAAGAUUUGCCAAGUGCAAAAAAUAAAAAUAUAUAUCUUAUUUUUUUUUAAUUUUUUUUUUAGAAUUUUCCAAAUUAUAACCAAAACAGUCCCUGCAAGAAACCUUUGCUGAUUUUUCCCCUUUCUAUAGAUCAAGCUUGAGCUUUUUAGAUUAUCAUUUAUUUGGGGAUGAGGAGAGAGCAACUGUGGCUCAGUGUGCAGAGUAAGUGCCUUGCAAUUGGAAGGUUCAGAGUUCAAUUACAGUUUCUCUAUCUCACAUUGUUGAUAUUCCCCUGAGCAAUGCCCAUAUCUCCAAUAUGCCUGCUGAUCUGCAUAUCAGUGUAUGAAUGUGAUUGGGUGAACAUGGCUGGAUUGGUUAGUAUGACUAGAGAAGCUCUGCAUCAAUUCUGUCCAUUUAUUGAUUUAAAUUUCUUUUGCGCGUAGAUGACCUCUACAAAGGAAAAGUUGUAAUCAUUAAAACACAAAUAUUUUCAGACUUUCACUAGUUAAUCAUUUCUGCUGUGCUACUGCGCACACAAUAAUUGCAAAUUAAUCAGCAAAUUUUCACAGUUGUUUUUUUUUUUUU